AUGGCCAACUACCUCGCCUCCAUCUUCGGCACAGAGCAGGAUAAAGUAAACUGCAGUUUCUACUACAAGAUCGGCGCGUGCCGCCACGGUGACCGGUGCUCGCGCAAGCACGUCAAGCCCAGCUACAGCCAGACCAUCUUGCUGCCCAACCUGUACCAGAACCCGCAGUACGACCCCAAGAACAAGAUGAAUCCCCAGCAGAUGCAGAUGCACUUUGAUGCGUUCUACGAGGACAUCUGGUGUGAGCUGUGUCAGUACGGGCUGGUGGAGGAGGUGGUCGUUUGUGAUAACAACAACGAUCACUUGAUCGGCAACGUCUACGUGCGCUUCAAGUACGAAGAAGACGCGCAAAAGGCGUGCGACGCGCUCAACAGCCGCUGGUACGCGGGCCGCCCCAUCUACUGCGAGCUGUCCCCCGUCACCGACUUCCGUGAGGCCUGCUGCCGCCUCAAUUCUGGUGAGGGCUGCGUCCGCGGCGGCUUCUGCAACUUCAUUCACCGCAAGGAACCCUCCCCCGAGCUCGACCGCGAUCUGGAUAUGAGCACAAGGAAGUGGCUCAAGGAGCGUGGCAGGGAUGAGAGGAGCAUGAGCAGGAGUCCCACACCGCCAAUCAAGCGGUAG